CGCCCCUAUUGUUCCGCCCCCGGCCUCCCGCCCUUCCCCUUCCCGCCCGCUCCCCUUUUCCCCUCAGUCGCCUCUCGCCUCCAGUUUUUGGCUUUCACCCCCACCAGUGACCAAAGACUUGACCACUCAAAGUCCAGCUCCUCAUAACUGCUAGACAUGGACACCGGUGUGAUUGAAGGUGGAUUAAAUGUCACUCUCACCAUCCGGCUACUUAUGCAUGGAAAGGAAGUUGGCAGUAUCAUCGGAAAGAAAGGAGAAUCUGUUAAGAAGAUGCGUGAGGAGAGUGGUGCACGUAUCAACAUCUCAGAAGGGAAUUGUCCUGAGAGAAUUAUCACUUUGGCUGGACCCACUAAUGCCAUCUUCAAAGCUUUUGCUAUGAUCAUUGACAAACUGGAAGAGGAUAUUAGCAGCUCUAUGACCAAUAGCACAGCUGCCAGUAGACCCCCGGUUACCUUACGACUGGUGGUUCCUGCUAGUCAGUGUGGCUCUCUCAUUGGAAAAGGAGGUUGCAAGAUCAAGGAAAUAAGAGAGAGUACAGGGGCUCAGGUCCAAGUGGCAGGGGAUAUGCUCCCCAACUCAACUGAGCGGGCUAUCACUAUUGCUGGCAUUCCGCAAUCGAUCAUUGAGUGUGUCAAACAGAUCUGCGUGGUCAUGUUGGAGACUCUCUCCCAGUCCCCCCCGAAGGGCGUGACCAUCCCGUACCGGCCCAAGCCCUCGAGUUCUCCAGUCAUCUUUGCAGGUGGUCAGGACAGGUACAGCACAGGCAGCGACAGUGCGAGCUUUCCCCACACCACCCCGUCCAUGUGCCUCAACCCUGACCUGGAGGGACCACCUCUAGAGGCCUAUACCAUUCAAGGACAGUAUGCCAUUCCACAGCCAGAUUUGACCAAGCUGCACCAGUUGGCAAUGCAACAGUCUCAUUUUCCCAUGACGCAUGGCAACACCGGAUUCAGUGGCAUUGAAUCCAGCUCUCCAGAGGUGAAAGGCUAUUGGGCAGGUUUGGAUGCAUCUGCUCAGACUACUUCUCAUGAACUCACCAUUCCAAACGAUUUGAUUGGCUGCAUAAUCGGGCGUCAAGGCGCCAAAAUCAAUGAGAUCCGUCAGAUGUCUGGGGCGCAGAUCAAAAUUGCGAACCCAGUGGAAGGAUCUACUGAUAGGCAGGUUACCAUCACUGGAUCUGCUGCCAGCAUCAGCCUGGCUCAGUAUCUAAUCAAUGUCAGUUUAGAAAACGCUAAACCCUCCUCCCAGGCAGCCUCCGUCACGAUCCCUGAUCACCUCAGCAUCAACCUCUCUCAACCCUCCACCCCUUCUUCUUCUUCUUCCUCCUCCACCACCACCCCCUCGCUCGCCACAGCGGGGACUUCCGACGCACCCUCCAGCCUCCCCAACCCUCUUCCGACCGCCCCUUGUGUCUCCAGUCUGCUUGGCAUGAAACCCAUCCCUCUCCUGGCUCUAAAUGUUGUGUCUGCUGCUAAGGGUACCGGGGCUUCAGCUACCACCACCACCACCUCUACUGUGCCAUGUGUAACUAACAAACUGAAAGGCGAGAAACAGAGAUUCUCCCCCUACUGAGUGCUUAUCUUGAGGCACCUCCUCAAAUGUUGGUUCAUUUUGUUUUUCUUUGUUAACAUUGGUGAGAACCAAAUUAUUGUGGGCUUGUGACCAUUUUUCUUUUUACUAUUUUGGGGGAAUAACUGGGUGGGGGCUGGGGAUAAUGGUAACCCUUGUUUAGGUUAGGUCUUUACAGCUCAGUGCCUGUUUCAGAGUCUGACUUGUUGAUUGAAAUCUUUAUCUAGAGCCACAGUUCUUUCAUUCUGUUACAUUUUUUUGUAGCUUUAUUCUGCCUUGCAAUAUAACAAUGUGUUAGGCUCUGUGUUAAUGAAUAAAAGCUUCUCCUUAACUCUUUCUUUUUAUUUUUAUUUUUUUUAUAAAUAAUUUACUGGUUAAGCUGUUAGAAGGCCUUCUUGGCCAGAUCUGUGUUUCUAGCUAUAAUAAAAGUUGCCACAGUAUGAACCUUAGUUCACUGUGUGAUGUGACUGGUAAAGGGGUGGGGAAUUUAUGAUCUGUGGCUAGUCAACUUGGAAGUCAAUACAGCUAACUUGGGUCUUUUUGUAUCCCACAUCAAUAUUGGAAGCUUAUUCCCAAAUGGAAGGGCCUUUGGCAGUUUAAAUACUGAUGGUCCUUCAGAAUUGGCAAGAAACUUCAUAGCAAAGAAUAGUUUGUUCAAAUUCAUUACUUUGCCGUCAACAGCAGGUAACAGGAGCCCUUGUGUGUGCUGUUAAAACUUUAGUGAGUGGUUAUGUCAAAGACAUACAUACAAAACUUAUUUCUUUAUCCAGAAUGUUUGGUAAGGUUGGGUAAGUCCAGGUUAGGCAGACUCCUCUGAUGGAACACUAAUUAUCCUUUAUUCUGUGAUGUUAGGAAGGUCUUAAGGACCUAUCUGUGACAUUCAGAACUUAAGUGUGUUGUAGUCAUCCUAAACCAACUGAUUGGUCAGGGAAGUUAUUUACCCUUCCUAUUUCCUACCCACCCUUCUCUCUCCUACCAAUAAGGCCAUCAGAGAGUGGAGGAUUAUACUUAGAUUUGAAUGAAGUUUAAAGAUCAAUCUGUAACAGAAAUAAGAAGCCCCAAGAUAAUUUAAACUUGAUCAUACAAGUGACUAGCCAGGACUUAUCCGUGCUUUACACAGUGUACUUAACUCCUGAUGUUUAUUCACUCUUUCAUUAUGGUGCUGGCUUGAUCCCAGGGUCUUGCACAGUGCACUGUACCACUGAGGUACACUUUAGCCACUUGUUCAUUUUCUUAUCAAGAUGAGCCAUAGGUAUUUUUCCAUAAAAGAAUAGCAGUCAUGUGGGGGGGGGCAGGGCACUGUUUAGGCAGUGGUAGAGCAUUUGCCUAGUAUUCACAAGACCCGGGGUUUGUUCUCCAGCACUGGGGGCGGGGCGAGAUAUUUUAAGUGUAAUGGUGAAAGCCACUUGAUUCUCUUACAUUCAACCAAGAUACACAUUGCUAGGUUCUUCCCAGGGCGGUAGAGAAAAUAAUUCUAGGUAGGUUUUUAUUUUGAUGACAUUUUCCCAGCAUUUUCCAGUGACAUUAUUAAACAACAGAAAGACAUAUAACUGCUCAUAAGUAUGCAAUAUAUUUGUCCCUGGUGUUACUGUGGUUCCUCUGUUCAAGAUUUUUCUGUUCACAUACUCCAAGCCUGCACUGAGGAUUUUAGAAGGACAAACUAUUCUUGUGGAAAUUAGUGGCCCUCCUGUGUGUGGUCCAGCUUUGUGUAGUUAAAACUUAACAUGCCAAUACCAUCUCCACAGGGGAUUGGUCUUUUGGUUUAUUAAGUAUAUUGGAGGGCUCUUAGCCUAAUGAGUAUGCCCCAAAAAAUUGUUAGGAAUCCAUAUGUUCACGGGUAGUACUGACUACCAUAACUAUCUUCAAAAGUACUUGGUACUAAUUUUUUUUUUUGAAGCUUGGCACUCUCCAGUGUUCGAUCUCGAGAGUCCCUAAUGUAUUUCUGGUUGAGUUGUCCUUUCUCUCUGCUUACCCCUGAAAUCCCUGCUUAGGUUUGAUAGUGAGUUCUAGGCAGUUCUUGAGCUGUUUAUAUGGACAUAGAACAUUGUUUUUUCUUUUUCUUUUUUUUAAUAUCUAAGUGGUAGUCAAGGAAUUUGUUGGAACCAUUUUAUUCAAAGCUUAUUGUUUACCUUGCCCGAGAUCAUUGUAUUUUGAGAUUGGCAAGAAUUUACUCCUUUAAUGUGUAUGUGUAUGUGUGCAAGCAUACACAUGCAGGUAUGCACAUGUGGAGGUCAUUGAACAACUCAAGUAUGGUUCUUGCCUUCCACCUUAAUUGAGACAGUCUUUUUGUUCACUGUUAGCUAGCUUUCCAGCUUUUAGGGAUUCUCCUUUCUCUGCCUCCCAUCUGGCUGUAGGUUUGCUGGAAUAGAGAUGAACUACUGCAUCUGUUUUUACAUGAGUUUUGGGAAUUUAGGUUUUCAUGCUUGCAUAGCAAGUACUUACAUCUUCCCAGCUCAUGAUCUGCCUGUGUGUGUGAAGGCCAGAGAUUGAUGUUGGCUGUCUUCCUCAAUCAGUCUUCACCUUGUUUGUUUAUUGAGACAGGGUCUACUAUAUAGCCCUGGUUGAACUGGAACUCUCUGUUCCUCUGCCUCUCAAUUCUGGGAUUAAAGGUAUACACCACUGUACACAGUCUAUUUAUUGAGACCGGGUCUUUCACGGGUGUUCAGAUUUGGCUAAACUGGCUGGCUAGUAAGCCUUAGGUAUGUACCUCAUGUCGCUACCUUCCCAACCACGGGAUUACAGGUGUUCUCGCCCCAUCAUGGAUGCUAGUGAUGGAUGCUAAAUUAAGGUCCACAUUAUUUGAGCUACAUGUACUUUACCAUCUGAUUGAUCUCUUCAGCCUUUAUAUUUUUGCGGAGAAUGAAAUACUCCCUUUCAUGCUGAAUGUCACCCAUGAGAGUACUAGCUACACCUACCUGACUGCUUAGCUUUGGAGAUCUCACAUGUUUAGUGUUCAGGCACAUCAGGACAGUAAAACAAGUAAUUUCUGACUUUAAAGGACAUACAAUUUCUAACCGAAGGAUUCUUUGAUUUCCUGGACCUUAUUUUGUUAUUUUUAAAAUUCCUUAUUGUAUUGUUUUGGGAUACAGGUAGUGAGCUCAUGGCCAUGAUAUUGACCAGACACCACAGAUAGUUAAUAUCAUCAGAUAGCUUGAUGUCUUUCUGCUGCCUACCUAGUGUCAGUGCCUGAAUACUGUUACCUCAAAGUCAUUUAAUUCCCAGGUAUAUUUGGAAGGAAGACUUGGCUCAGUAAGGCCACAAAUUUUUGAUUUUCAAGAGUAAGCUAAGGAGUAGUUUCAUUUUUCUGUUAAUGUUUGUCCUGAAAUG